AAACACUCCAGACCAAAAUUCAAGUCCGAGCGCAUUUCAGUUUUCAACAAUUCGUUUUCCCUCCUAAACGAAUCGUUUUCGUUUCCCCAAAAACUCAGAGAGAAUGGAAGCCACGAAAGCCACCAAGGGCGUCGGCGGAAGAAGAGGCGGAGAGAGGAAGAAGUCGGUGUCCAAGUCAGUUAAAGCCGGCCUCCAAUUCCCCGUCGGCCGUAUCGCUCGUUUCCUCAAAAAGGGACGCUACGCCCAGCGUACAGGUACCGGCGCUCCCAUUUACCUCGCCGCCGUCCUCGAAUACCUCGCCGCCGAGGUGCUGGAAUUGGCGGGAAACGCGGCGCGUGACAACAAGAAGACUCGGAUCAACCCGAGGCACUUGCUUUUGGCGGUGAGAAACGACGAGGAGCUGGGGAAGCUCCUCGCCGGCGUGACCAUCGCAAGCGGCGGCGUGCUCCCCAACAUCAAUCCAGUCUUGCUUCCGAAGAAGACCUCUGGCUCCCAAGAAGGCGAGAAGGCGCCCAAGUCUCCCAAGGCAGCAAAGUCCCCAAAGAAGGCUUAAAACGCAUGUCGUUUUUUAGGACUAAUCAAUCUCAGUAGGGAUCUGUAAGGCUCAGUGGUAUUUUGGUCUUUUUACUAAGGCGAUCGUAACCGGAUGUAUUGUAUGUAGUGCAAAAAUGCAGUAGGGGUAUAUCUGAAAAUUUCAAUGGAAAAGCUUUUGGUUUUGUGGAUUAAAACUCCGUCUUACUAUGUGAUUAAGGAUAAAAGAGUUGUUAAUCCUGAUUUAUUUUC